AUGAUGAUCCCUGCACCCACUGACCGGGACAACUCUCAUUUUCUUUCUACUGCCAUUGGACGUCGGGUUCCACUUGCUAAGCGAACGCCAACGCGACAGCGCCAAGCGCCAAGUGCUCUUAUCAAUGGCGCUGACUUGAGCUUCCUGGACGACGCUUCUUCAAUUACCUCCAUCGCUAUGGGAGAUGUGGAUAUGCCACCGCAGUUAACGACAGUUCCAUUGCCAUUUGCCGAAAAAAAUAUGGAAAGUGCACUGCUUUCUGACGAAGCCGAGAUUUCGCUGAUCCUACCAUCAGGCACAACUCCAGAGCAACCCAUAACCGCUAAUGGUGGCCUUCUCAAGGAGCAGGACCGGGCACUAGAUGCUUCAAAGCGCGAAAUUUUUGCCUUGAAGCUCAAGAUCUAUCACUUGGAAGAGCGAUUACGUCGCUUUGCUCAGCCUGCGGAACCUUUGCACCAACAGCUUGAAACACAGAACCAAAAACUAGAUGCCCAAAGUCAAGAACUAGCUGCCCUCACUCGUCGGAACGAGUCAUUGGCGAUGGAAAAUUCAGCACUAACCCAUGAAAACUUGACGCUUACCCAAAAAUUUUCUACUCUGGCUCAGGAAAGAUCCGCCCUUGCCCAAGAAAAGUCGAUGUUGACCAAAGAACACUCAAUAUUAUCCAAAGAAGGGUCAAAGCUGGCAGCUGAAGGAGAAACAGCAAUUCGGGCACGGGAUACGGCGUUGGCAGCCUUAGAGGCAGAGCGCAUUGCACAUAAAGAGGCCGCUCAGCGCAACAACCACGAAAUAGAGCAACUUCGCACAGAAGUGUCCGUCCGUACGCGUGAGGCACAACAUCAGCGCUUUCUAGCACAAGCAGAGAUUGAGGAACUGUUGGGGAGAGCAAACGGAGCUGAGCUCAAAGCUGCCGCACUAGAACGCACGCUGGCUGAGCAACGACAUGAAGCCCAGCAAUUGCUGGAACGGGCCGCCGAGAAAAAUAAUGCUCAAGAGGCUGAGGUCUCUCGUCUUCGUACCCAGUUACAACAGCUUUCCACCGGCCAGCAACAGGAGCUCGCCCAUCUUUCUGCAGAGCUUGAAGAAGAGCGUUCUCAACGCGCGCGAACGAUCGAAGAGGCGGUUAAUUCACAUCCAAAUGUUCGACGCCAACUGAGGACUCUAGAGAUAGAGCUUCAGCGCACAAGUGGCGAGUUGGACUUCACGCGGGCACAGCUGGACCGUACUCGUACAGAGCUGCAACAGACCAUUCUGGCGCAUCAGCAAGAACUUACCAACGAAAAAGAAACAUUGCGAUCUGAGAGAGACGCCCUUCGAAUGGCACAAGAAUCUUUACGUGCAGAACGAGAGGUGAUAUGUAUCCAGCGUGAUGCAUUUACUUCAGACAAAAGUUGCGAUCGCAAUCUUCUUGAGAAGCAACUUAGUGAAGCCACUCGCGCACUUGGUGAUGCAGCUCGUUCUUACGCGCAAAGCGAAAGGGUUCGCGAGGAGGCAUUGCGUGAACGUCGUAUCGCUGAGGCUGAGGUCCAGCGUCUUAGUUCCGAAUUGCACGCCAUUCGUGAAGAAGCGUCGCAUUUUCUGGGUGCAUAUUCGCGUGAGCGCUCUACAGAAAGCGCAGCUACGGCCGCCUUGACUGCUGAGCGCGACUCAUUACGCGAAGAGCUUCAGGCGCUGCGCCACAGGACAGAGGCAGAAACCGCUUCAUUGACUCGCUUCAAGGCAGAAACGGAAGCCGAACGUGCAAGAUUGCAGAGCGGUUUUUCUGCUCAGUUGACACGAUCCAUGGAAAAGCUGCGCGAUUGUGAACUGGAGCUUUUGCGUGAGCGCGCGACUAUUGAACGCUAUGAGCGUACCAUGGCCCAGGAACGCGAGCGUUUCGCCGCAGAAUUACGCGCACUCCGUGCUGCCCUGGAUUCCCAAGCUAAAAGUGGUGAGGAUCGCCACAAUCCAGCUGCUGAUCACAAUGGUACCACGGACUCCAGUCUUGGACCCGUCAUUGAUGCCAUAGUUGCGGGGCUCUCACAGCGCCUGGGUGGUACCGCCAUUCAUGGAGAGACGGCUGAAGCGCUUAAACUUGUGCGUAGCGAGAACCUCGAGCUAAUGGAGCGACUCCGCGCAGCAGACCUUGCGCUCGCAGACCAGCGCAUGGUGGCCAAUCGUGAGCACGUCCAACUUGAAGAACUGAUACUGGAGAAGCAACGGUUACAAGCACAAUUUGAAGCCCAAAAAAGCCUUCAAGUAGACCCGCCAAAACAUGCAUCGAAUUCGCAGCUGGAGAUGCAACUAGAGGCUGCCGAUGCUCGUAUACAGACUCUUUCACUCAAGAGGCGAGAAGACCUUAUUCGCAAAGCUAUUUCCCGCAUCGAACGGUUGCAGGCAAAACGGGAAGCUUUGGCGCACCAACUUGCGCUCUUUUUUAAAGGGGCACCAAUAAAGUCAUUGGGGGCCCGCCGAAACCAGCAUACCAUCCCUCGUGAAGGCCAUUCAUUUUUAGCUCGUGAGGGUCGUUCCUUUGCCACUCUGGCACAGGGUGCCCUCGCCCGCAGCCGCCGUCUCUAG